CGUACGCGACGCUUGCCACUUGACGAGUUUCUUCAUCUAUGAUUUUGAGAGUUGUAUUGCUUUUGAAAAAAUAACUGAAAAAUAAACAAACAAUAAUAAAAAAACGAUUAAUUUAAUUAUUGACCUUUUUAUUAAACAUCAACACUAUUAAUAUCAGUUUUAAUAAAAUUAAUAUUACUUUAUUAAUUAGAAAAGUAGUUUCAAUUCAGGAUUUUGUUAAUUUCUUUUUAACAUGAUUUUGUCAAAAUAAUGUUCGAGGUGCGGUUUAAAAAUUUCAGUGCAAAGGCGAAAGGGAAAGUGAAAGAGGAAAAAAGAUGCUAUACAAUUUUAAAAACUGUGAAUCUAAAAAAAAUUAAUUUAAAAAUAGGUUCUUGAGCUUUUCACAUAAUAUAAUAAUAGGACCCUGAGGCAAUUUCGAUAUAUAGAAAAAGGUGAAUCUUACUCACAAGAACUUUAGUAACAAGCAAAAGUUUCAACUGACACGUAUUUAUAAUGGGACCUAGAUAGAGUUUUCAAAAAAUACAUGUCUUUAAAUUAUAUCCCGUGGCGAGUAAUAUUAAGAAAGUAAAAUUGAAUCUCGCCAGAGAAUAAUAAUCUUUCGUGUUCCAUUAAAAUGGCAAGUUUGAAUUUAAUAAAACUCAUGAGUUCGACUUUAAUGAAGAUUUUCAGCUCGAAUUUAAUGAAAAUUGUCAAUUUGAAUUCCCUGAAAAUCCCAAGUUUGAAUACAGUGUACGUUUCAAAAUUAAAUUGUAUAAUGAGGAUACCAAAUUUCUUGCGAUUGUAAAUAACAAAUUAAAAUUUAAUGAAAAUGAACAUUUCCCGCAGAACACGUGCAAACACUCCAAAAUAGAGAGGAAAAAAGUUUCCUUUUCUCCAUGGUGUGAAAAGAGCUAUUGUAAUUGCAAUUUAAAAUGAAAUGACACAUACUGGAAAUUUAAAAAUAAAAUACAAGUGAAAAACUAAAAAACGCAUUUCUGCUUGAGCAAAAUUUCAGGAAAUACUAAUGAUUUUGAAGUUUAAUUAAAGGAUAAAAUAUGGAGACGUCGCCAACCCUCGCCUUAGGCGGAACGAGACCAAGAACAGCGUUGUUAGCAACGACUGGAUCCGGAAGCGGAAGUACUGAUAGGAGAGUAGUGUUUUUGGCUAGUCAGCCCGCCGUUGGUGCAAGUCAUGAGACAAGAACAUGGCCUCACCACUGGUCCCCUAACACGAAAAUGUCGGGAUCCGAUAAAAAGAUGCCAGCAAGGUCUCGAGGACGUGGUUUCUCUAGACCAAGAACCAACUCACCGGAGCGUCGUCCAGGAAAUCAGGAACAAGUUUCGAUUGAGGAAAAUGUUUCGGACACGAGGGAUCAAGCCAGCGACGAUCUGAUCCAAUGGGAAAAAUUCCCACUGCCUCCAGCCGUGGUACCUUUCCGCCACCAUCACAGCAUGUUGGCCGUUGCGGGACAAGGUCGUACUUUCCAGUGCUAUCUGUCGGCAAGAAAUUUGGGGGAAAGCGAACAAGCGUGGGAAAGUAGGCUAACGGUGGAAGAACUGGAGAGAUACUUUCUUGGUAAAGAUCCCAAGACUUCAAGGGAGAGAGAGCGACUACGAGACGAACAAAACAAGGCGUUUCGAGCCAUUCGAACCGACAUAAUGUACAUGGAGAAUUAUGUUAGCAGGCAACGUACGCCAUCGCCCGAACGUCCGAUCACUCCCCCUGGACCUCCAAACCGGAGAGCAGAAGAGAGUUCAUUUCCGUUGGAACUGGCGAGUCUGGAAAUUUCAACGAGAGGCCAACUCCCAAUCAUCACGAGAGGAGUUAUGUUCGGAAACCUCAAACCUAUUCCCACCGAUCCCAACGUUGACCCCCCUCCCAAUUCUUGUAUCAGUUGCUGGAAGAAAGGACAUCAGCGCAGCCGAUGCCCGAACCCUUACGUCGGAUACUGUAGAAAUUGCGGCAGAUGAGGAGUGACUCUGACGACUUGCC